ACACACACACACACACACACACACACACACACACACACACAUACACAUCCCGCAAUCACACACCUACAUUCCCAAAAUGAAGAUUCUCAUCACCGGCGCCGGAGGGUUUUUGGGACAAUUCCUGGCGCGAGAACUUUUGUCCAACCCUGACCACAAGGUCGUCCUGACCGACAUCGUCGACGUCCCCGUCCCGAAAGGAUCCAAAAACCCUCGAAACGCCACGUGCGUCAAGGCGGACCUGUUGAAGGACCGCGGGGCCAGCGUCAUCACCCCCGACCUCGACGCCGUCUACAUCUUCCACGGGAUCAUGUCCUCGGGGAGCGAGGCGAACUACGACCUCGGGAUGAAUGUCAACCUGGAAAGCACGAGGUUGUUGCUCGAGACGAUCCGUCACGUCCGGCCGGGGUUGAGGGUCAUCUACGCGUCGAGCCAGGCGGUCUACGGUCGACCUUUGCCGGACGUCAUCACCGAGUCGGUCCUGCCGACCCCGGAAGGGUCGUACGGAGCGGCCAAGCUCAUGUGCGAGACCUUGAUCAACGACAUGAACCGCAAGGGGUUCAUCGACGCCGUCACGCUGCGAUUCCCCACCAUCUCGGUGAGGCCGGGGAAACCCGCACCGGCGGCGAGCGCCUUCAUCUCGGGCAUCAUCCGGGAACCCCUGGCCGGGAAGGAAUGUGUCGUGCCGGUCGAGGACAGGAACUUCCCCAGCAACGUCUGUUCACCAAACACCCUCAUCUCCAACCUGGUCCACGCCUUGACCCUCGACGGCGGCGCGCUCCCCAGACACAAGCGCGUCGUCAACGCGCCGGGCAUCUGCGUGACGAUCCAACAAAUGUUGGACGCCCUGGCCAAGGUCGCCGGCAAGGACAAACUGCGGUACGUCCGUGAAGAACACGACGAGUUUCAGGCUCGAAUCCUGUACUCUUGGGCCUACAACUACGACAACACCCUGGCCCUGAGUCUCGGGUUCAGACAACCCACCGGUUUCGAGGAUGCGGUCAAGGAGUACAUGAAUUUCAUGGCCGAACAGGAAAAGUGGGAAUCAGAAUGAAGAUGAAGAUGAAGAUGAAGAUGAGAAGAGUGAGAGCCGAAGUUGCCGAGGAUGACGGUUGGGUCACUUUGCAUAUGCAUCUUACACAACUAAUUAAAAAAAAACAAAGAAAAAGCCAGUUCACCUUGUGCAUGACUGGCCAGUCUUACUGUCAUCUGUAUCCAAGGCAAUAUUCAGAUUCCAUUCAUCUCUUC